AUGCAACUGGGAGAGUCGGGGACUAGCUGGACAUCACCAUUUGUUGUGGAUGGUGAAUUCUGCGUGGCAACCCUUCGGGAUAGAAUUGAAGGGGCUUCCUUCCCGACAUGCGACGGUGUAUUCCCAUGGCUCAAGACAAUCCCAUUAAAGGUAUUGGGUUUUGUAUGGCGGGCAAAACCAAAUCGUAUUCUUUUGGCUGAAGCUCUUAAGAACAAAGGAGUUGCACUGCCUUCGACUUUAUGUAGUGCUUGCAGUGAGGUGGAUGAAUCGGGGGACCAUAUUUUGGUGUUAUGCUCCAUAGCGAAGGAGAACUCCGCCGCUGCCUUCUCCGUCGCCGCCCUCUUCGUCGCUGCCUUCUGGGCUGAUUUCUUCGUCCUUGUCAUAAGAAAAAAUUUGGCGUUGAUUGAAAUAUUUCACAAUGAGUUUGUGAGAAAUGAUGCAAAGAUCUUUAGAUUUUGUCGAUCAAAAUGCCACAAGAACUUUAAAAUGAAGAGGAAUCCUCGCAAGGUGAAAUGGACAAAAGCUUAUAGGCGUUUACAUGGCAAGGACAUGACUCAGGAUUCGACAUUUGAAUUCGAGAGGAAACGCAACAGGCCAGAGAGGUAUGACAGAAACCUCACAGAAAACACACUCAAGGCAAUCAAAACAAUUGACAAAGUCAGAUUCCGUAGGGAGGAGACUCACCAUAAGAAUAGGAUGAAGGGUAAGGCUGCAAAGGAAAGAAAAGAGGCUAGAAAGGAACAUGAUGAGCAACUCCACAUGGUCAAAGCACCUGGUGCGAAAGAGUCAACUGCCACACCAGCUUCUAAGGUCAAAGUCAACGUUCAACAUGAAUCUGCUGAUAAUCGAAUGGAAGAAUGAUAUAUGUCAUAUGCUGUUGUGCUUUUAUGUUUCUGCAUUGUAAACACCCUUACAUUAUUCAAGUAGUUGAAUCUUUGAAACAAUUGGAGUUCAUCUCUCAAGUUUGACAUAUCAUUUAUUUGGUGUCUUUGAUAUGAAGUUAAUGACUACAUUAUUUAUAGUGUUGCACUUUCUAUGCAUUUGGUGUCUUAAUGACUACUUUUAGUUGCAUGUAGUAAAUUUAAAUGUGCUUCCUGUGGUUGG